AUUACACUCUGCAUCUAUUUUAGAUCAGAAGUGUAUGGUCAUUUAACUGCUUAAACGACACGCUGGUUAUGAACAGCGUAGGAGCGUGUACGUUACUUCUUUCCGUAAGCACGUGUGUGUUUGGUGCUAUCACUAAAAGGGCUAACGGAAUCAGAAGGGUGUUAUUGCUGACGCGGCUGGUGCCGGAGGGAGUCCUGCGCAGGGCUGACCACAACUGUGCCCUCUGAUGUUUGAGCCGUCUCGGUGUCGUGUCGCCGUGACCCCAGGUGGCGGCGGGGGCUGGGUGAGGGGAGCCCCGGCACCCUCUGGCGAGCUCCUUGGCUGUGGGCCUCGGGCGGGCGCAGGCCGCGGCAGCGGGCACUGGCUUCCUGGGGGCCUGGCAGGGGAAGGGCCAGGCGGCCCGGGAGGAGCUCCGGGUGAGGAGCGGGCUGCGCUGCCACAGACCUGCCUGUGCUGCUGCCUGCCUGCUCUCCUCGCUGCUCCCUCGGCCGUGCCUCCUGCCACGCGCUGCCUGGCUUUUCAUGUCUUUGCCCAGAAAUACCCGCUAAGUGAGGGCACUCUAAAAUACGGAAACUACAACACGGUCGGUUUGCCUAACACUCUCCCAGUACUGCAGCUGACAGGCAGUGAGCGUUGGGACAGCUGUCAACAGAUCGCUUACUGGGCCUUGUGGACGAGGCUGCCAGGGUCAGUAAAGCUAACUGUGGUGAACAUACUGUGGCUGGAUGAAGAAAAUAGUAUGCUGCUUGUAUCUAAUCCCUUCUGCUCCUCGGUUUCUCACCCCCCUAGCUUGAUUGGUAAAUCUCUUUUGAGAGGAAAAAAUGGCUUCCCUUCUGGAGCUAUUGAUUUGUUAUCGAGUUGAUCCAAAAUGUCAGGAUUGCUUUCAUUUUUACCAAGGCUUUUGUUUAAGUGCCUGCUUUAAUUCUCCCUGUGCAGAAGGAAGCUUGAGCAUAGAUGAGGAUCUGUUGUUUUGGAAAACGUGGAUUUAGAUUUCAUACCAGUAACGUAAUGAAAUCUACUGGUAUUGCAAUAUAUUUAAGGGUGUUGAGCAUGUUUUCAUAUGGCUCAAGAAUUAUUUCCCUAAAAUUGUUUUCCAUCCGGUCCUUUGGCGUGCAUGACUUACGUUGUCACAGAAUUAUUGUUUGUUUUUUUUUUUUUUCACUUCAGUUAAACAUUUCUGUAUCUUCCUUUGUGCUUCCUUUUCCCACUCCUGCCCCUUUCCCUCUCUUGUACAAAUCUGCAGUUAAUCACCAGUCUGCAUCAAUCCUGAUCAGCAAUACAGCCUCCAUUAAAAAAAAAAACAACAACAAACUAGGAUAUAAUUCAGCCUUUUGUUCUUAUUCAGUAAUAUUACGUUCAUUGUAACAGUGGUUUUAAAUUUUACUUCUUCCCACUGCCGAUUAAACAAAACUUGCAUCCUUUCUUUAAUUAGAGUUGUGGGGUACAGAGAGAGCAUGUCCAAAGACUCAAGAGCUUGAAAGGUGUUUUUAAACCAAGCUUUUCAUUUUGCCAGCUUGCUACAGGGCUUAGUAAUUUGGUUGUGCCUCAGGUUACUGCUUUCUGGCCUGCCUCAGUGUGUGUCCUGCACCAGUUUGUAUCAACUGCAAGUAAAUCAGAGGAACCUAAUUGUUCCCUUUGUUAUGCAACAUGCUUUUCUCUGCUUGGUUUGAUUAAAAAAUAAAUAAAUGCAUGAACCUUCGUGCAAGCUACCAGUUAAAACAAGUUUGCAAAAGCAGAUCAGUAGUUCACAGGUAUGUUUUAUUUCACACUGAAAUUUUCAGGGAUCUAUAUUAAGUGUCUUGGUGUACAACAUACAUUAAAAAAAAAAAGGUCUCAUCAGAGUUUCUGAUUUCACAUGGCCCUGGUUCAUCCAAAUUUAAAAGAAAGAGGGAUGUGAGUUACUAAAUAUAUUUAAGUACUUGCCCAGAAAAUAAGAAAAUUAAGAAUUCCAUAGGAAAUUCUAGCUACCUUAAGUAUGAAGUAUAAAUAGUGAAAGUUUCUACCUUACUAAAGCAAAGCAAGCAGCUUCCAUACUUUUGUGUUUGUGGACAUUAUCUGGGGCAGAUAGUGCCAAACUGCAUGUUUUUUCCACUAUCCUAUUCAUAAAUGGUUAAAAAAUAAUUUGUUCUUGGUAUCAAAAGAUGUUGAUGUAUGAAUAAACCUUUUACGUACGGACUAAGAAUCUUUUGAGCCUAGUGUCAGGAAAAAAUGCGAUAUAUGGAAAAAAGUCUGUACAUUACUAAGAAUAUUUUUCAAAGUAUGAUCUUUCUAUGAGGUAAAGAUAAUUGUGGUGGUGAUUGGGGGAAAUAAGAAAACCGGCUUUGCUUAGUAGAUUGUGGGAAUCAAACGAGUGCAAUAUGCCUACAUGAAAACAUGUUUAUUCAUAUCUUUGAUUUGUAUUUUUGC